CAUGAUCCCACUCCUCCAUGCCGACGCCGUUGGCAUUGCCCUGCAUGCAAGGGAACUUUCUUUGGGUUCUCCUUCCGCAGGAGUGCGCAGUAACCGUAGAAGCAAAGCACUGAAAAAGGGAGAGCAUUGGGUGCUUUCUUGGGGCCAGGCAGCCAGGGUGAGAAAUGCAUGUCCAAGGACAAGCAACCGGAGCUCGACCUGUCGACUGCCCCUCCGGCGGCACUGGGCCCAUACCCGGCCCAUUGCUCAUUCCACCCACUCGAGAGUCAUUUGAUGCUGCAUGCCCGCCUUGAGUCUGAUAAGGUACCUCCAAUAACUUACAGUUGACUUAAGGAGGUGGGAGACAUUUAGCCCAGAAUUUCCUAAGUUCACUUCUUACUUACAUUACAUUACGCUGAUUUGAGUUGAGAGGAGUCGAGUUGCGGUCCGGCCAUCUUUUUACAGGUAACCUCGCAAUCGCCGAAAUUACCACGCGCUCACUCGCUCACUCACUCACUCACUCACUCA